CCUCGCUUCCCUCCCCAAUCCUUUUGGCGAUGAAUAACCCAACAGUGUCGUCAGACACGCUUCUGCAAGCUGCUGUAGCUGCUUUCAAGCGUUCAGAGUAUGAGAAGGCAAUUCGACUCUUGACAAAAGGCAUACUGCAGGAUCAGUCAAACUCUAAGCUCUACGAUUGUCGUGCCCUUGCUUUUCUGAACUCUGGAAGGUUUGAUGAUGCACUCAGCGAUGCCGAACGACUUGUAAAGCUGGACCCUGUGAAUCCGAAGGGCUACAUCCAUGCGGGUAAAGCUUUUCAAUUACUAGGGAAAACUGACAGCGCCCUUUGCAUUUAUCGUAUUGCAAGGAAAAAGGUUUCGAAGAGUCAUCCUCGCUAUUCGAGCAUUGAGAAGAGCUACACUGAACUAUUGGAAUAUACAGGAAAUGUGAAGAAUUCCCGUACCAGCAUAUCGACAAUUCCAUUGGCAGUGAGAAGUGCACCCCAGACAAGCCUUAGCAAUUGCGCCGAAGGAGACAAGUUAAUCUCUGUGGCCAAAAGAGCAAAGCAGGAUUUUCCAGCUGCGACAGCUGCGGAAACACUACUCAGCAGUAAUGCUGCGGCUUCCAAUUGGACUGGCAAUUUUGGUUCUUACGCCCUGCCAUUGGAGCUCAUGACGGCCAUUUUCCACUAUCUUCCAAUGCCAACUUUGAAUCGAUGUGCGCAAGUGUCGCGAAAUUGGCGGGCAUCAGUCAAUGGCAAUAGUUUGCUUUGGACGGACGUUGACCUGACUCCGUACAGUCGGAAGGUUUCCAAUACCGUGGUACACGCCAUAGUGUGUAGAAGUGGUCGAUUACUUAGAAAGCUCAUAGUACCCGGUUGCACGAACAUCACGAAUACAGGCUUAAAGAGCCUUUUGGCACAGCGUUGUACCUCUCUGACGACUUUCGAACUGACUAACAACUCGAAGGUGACUGGUCAAGCAUUGGCUGAGACGAUGAAAUCAAUCGGAUCUCAGCUCACUCGUUUGAGGUUAGCCAACACGAAAGUCAACGAUAUAUCUAUACGCAGCAUUCUCGACAGUUGUCGAGCUCUGAGUGAUCUGGAUCUGUCGGAAUGUCCUGGCGUCACAGAUGCUGCUUUCGAGAUCAGUUUAAAUUUCAAGAAACGGGGUAUCCCAAUGGCCCUACAAAAGCUACAGCUCUCUUCCUGCGCCGUUUCUGAUCGUACUACCUUCCUUUUAUCGCAAUCUUGUCCGUCUCUCAGGGAAGUAAACGUUUCACAGUGCUCGAGGAUAACCAAAAGCACGCUCGUCAACAUGGCUCACUGCAGCGGAAUAGAGAGCCUUGUCUUAACGGGAACUGCUAUGAACGAACCCGCAGCCAUCAGUUUCGAGGAUGCCCUCCUUGCAUUUGCCGAAGGCUGCAACCAGUUACGUCAAUUUGUCUUAGCAUCAUGCCCGCGGGUGUCGGACACAUCGGUGGAAUACCUGGCAGGAUUCUGCACACAUCUUUAUGAAAUCGAUUUCACACAGUGUGCGACUAUUACCGACUCGGCCCUACGCAGCCUCGCUACCCAUUGCCCCGCUCUUUCCCGUGUCCUCAUCGCUACUUGUCCUCGCAUUACGGAUAUGGGUAUCAUUUUUCUAGCCCAGAACGCAAAGGAAUUACACCAUCUAGAUGUCUCAAACAACCAAAGCAUAUCAGAUCGUUCACUUGAAGCUCUUACACAACAUGGAACGCAGCUUGUAACUCUCGCGAUGAACGGUUGUCCGAAAGUUACCGGUAUUGGCAUUCGAGCGAUAGUUACAAGCAAGCCUGGAAAACAGCUUGAAACUCUUCUAAUCGAUAACUGCCCUGGAGUUCACUACGAGACGUUAGGGAUUUUGCGAAAGAUGGCACCAAACCUCAAUAUGUCGGCACGUUUUCAUUGAGCUGAGCCAAUAAUGCGACGACUCCGUUAUCUAUAAUAAAUAUACAAUACUGUACAUUGCCAUCUAUAUAGAGACGACACAGAUAUACUAUGUACAAGAUGUUUUGAUGCUUGAGCAUUAUGGGAGCGCCAGCGCUCUCUGUCGCACCAACUUAUGCUUCUGCAAAGGCGGCUUUGAGUUUUUCC